AUGAUAAACAAUCAAGAUGAUAUAAAAGAUGAUGUGAAUCUAAUGUUAAUACAUGAAUCUAGAAAUGUAUUAUUAGAUGACGGCAGAAAUAAUGGUCAAAUUCCAAGUAGUCUUGUCAAUGAGGAGAAUGCCAUCAGAGCAUCAACCGGUCCAUUAAGACAAAGUCUUAGAAAAAGUAACAACAAUAUCAAUAAUUACAAUAAUAUUAAUAAUAUAAAUAAUGAAAUCAACAACAACAACAACAACAACAAUAAUAAUAAUAAUAACAAUGAAUUUGUAAAAAUCAAAAACUAUAACAACAAUUCCAACAAUAGUAAUUUAACAUUUAAAUAUAUACUUUGGUUAUUUACAAUUUGUUUUGCUUUGGCUGGUGUACAAUUUGUUUAUGCAAUUCAAUUUGCAAUUGGAACACCAUUGUUUAAUCAAAAAUUUAAAUUGAAACCAUCCACCAUUACAUGGAUACAAUCUACUGCCGGUCCGAUUAGUGGUUUCAUUAUCCAACCAAUCAUUGGAAUCUACUCGGACAGCUGUAAGAGUAGAUUCGGAAGAAGAAGACCAUUUAUCUUGGCCGGUGCCGUAGUUUGUAUCUUUUCAUUGAUACUCAUUGCAUUCUCACCACAACUUGGUGAACUGCUCGGUGACAAUCCAUAUGGAGAUUAUCCAUACUAUUAUAAAGCUGGUAUUCCAAUUGCUAUUUUAGGAUUUUGUAUUAUGAAUAUCUCUGUAAAUGUAAUGCAAGGACCAUGUAGAUCUUUAAUAUCGGAUAUCGUCGAUCCAAGUAUGCAACAUUAUGGCAAUGCAAUGGUGACCAUUACAAUGUGUCUGGCCAAUAUCAUUGCGUGUAUUAUUGGUGCACAACUAUCGACCGCUCCCGAUUGUUACAGAAAUAUAUUUAUCAUCGGCGCAUGUUUUGUGACGUUCUCUGUCAUACCAACGUUGGUCGCCAGCAAAGAAGUGCAGGUUCUCGAUGUCGAUCGACCAAGCUCACCGCUUUCCGCCUUUAAAAAGAUUGUUCGUACAUUUAUUACCAUGCCAAAGCAGCUGAAAAUGAUCUCGCUCGUUCUCUUCAUUAGCUGGUUUGGAUUCUCGCCAUUCAUGGUAUCGAUUACCAACUACUUUGGUCACAAUGUUUUCCCCAAUGACUAUAGCAAUGGUAUCAAAUUCGGAUUCUAUGCACUCGCUAUCUACUCGGCGGUAUCGUUCCUCUUUGGUUUCGUGAUGCCCUGGAUCAUUCAUUUGAUCGGUGAGAAAUUCACCUAUUGCAUUACCCAUAUCGUUGGAGGUGUUGCAUUCAUACUGUUGUGGUACUUUGACUCGCCAUCGGUUGGUAUUGCCAUUUUGUUGACAGCGUUGGUUGGCUUCAACUUUGCAACAUUCAAUUCGAUUCCAUUCACUCUGUUGAUCGAUUACAUCGAUAAACAAGACGCAGGACUCUACAUGGGUGUGCUCAACUCUGCAACAGUCGUCUCUCAGACCAUAUCGAUCUUUACAUCUGGAAUGGUCGAAGCCAGUAGAAGUGAGAACUCUGCAUGGGCAAUUGGAUAUGGUGGUAUCUUCACUUUGGUAGCAUCAUUGGUUUGUUUCAUUCUGCCAAAGAGAAUCAACCUACUGGAAGAAGAAGAGAAUGAAAGAUUACUAUCUGAAGAUAGAAUUUGA